UAGGCGGCUUUUUUCAGGCGGAGUCUCAGAUCUCAGACGUUCCCAAAAAGCUAUGCCCAUGCCCAACUAGAAGAUGGAUCCGAAGUUCUUCAAACUGCUCCUCCUGGGCGGCGCCGUGCGCUUCUACUUCUGCCGCACGCCGCUGGCCGCGAUGAUUGGCAAUCGGGUGGAGUUCGCGACGCCACUGAAUUCACACAAGCGCAUGCAAGAGGGGAUCUUCCUGCUGCAGAGUGGCAUUGAUCCCUACCAAGGCGACCUGGUCCACGAGUCGCCCCUGAUCCUCAGCGCUCUCUCUGGAUUGUUCCAAAACUACCCGCAGUUCUUGCCCAUAUUCUACAUCAUUCUGGACGUCUUCACGGCGGCCCUGCUUUAUGCGAUGAGCCUGCGAUUUGUGAAGAAAAAGCAGGAUCAGCAGAAGGUGGAGCGAAAGGAGUACGCGAGGGACACGGAGGAGCUGCAGUUCAGCGCCCUGGACAAGUUCGACAUUCCGGAACUGGUGAUCGUGGCGUAUUUGUUUAAUCCCCUCACCGUGAUGAGUUGCAUCGGCAUGACCUCGACGGUGAUAAGUAAUCUGUUCCUGGCUUUCUUCCUCUACUGCCUGGUGAAGGGACUGCUCCUUCCGUGCCUUCUGGUCCUGGCCUUUGAGACUGUCCGCAGUUUAUAUCCCGUCGUGUUGAUAGCUCCACUUCUCCUGGUUUUCUCACGGAAUUCCAUUAAGAGGGGUGUGGUUAUAUCGCUGCUGUUUGCUGUAAGCUGCCUGGGCGUGGCGGUGGCCAACUUUUUCGUGCUCAACAGCUGGAACUUCUUGGAUGGCACUCUGGGUUUUAUAUUUUAUUUCCGCGAUUUGCAGCCGAAUAUCGGCCUGUUCUGGUACUUUUUCACCGAAAUGUUUGAGCACUUUCGCACCAUGUUCCUGAUCACAUUCCAAUUGAAUGCCACAGUAUUGUACCUGGUGCCACUGAGUAUCAAACUGCGCAAGGAGCCCCUUCUGCUGGCCACCGUCUUGGUGGCUCUAAUGGCCGUUUUUCGAGCAUAUCCCAGCCUGGGCGAUGUGGGCUUCUAUUUGGCCUUGCUUCCGCUAUGGAAAAGAUGCUGGAAAUUCAUGGCCCACGGCUUUGUGGUCUUCACAUUCUUCCUGGUCACCCUGUCCAUGAUGGGCGCCCUUUGGCAUUUGUGGAUCUAUGCUGGCUCGGCCAAUGCUAAUUUCUACUUUGGCGCCACACUAGCGUUUUCCACCGGUCAGAUAUUCCUCAUCACCGAUCUACUGUUUGCUCACGUUAAACGCGAGUUCUGUCUGUUCCAUGGGCAGAAAAUUAUAAUCGACGGCGAGGAGGCGAGAAUAGUCCUGAAGUGAGCAUUAAAAGUAUCAGUAUGAUGAGAAAUGGAAUCCAGGAACUUUGUACAGAAGCAUACUCUUAAGAUAAGUGAACUCCAAACAAUAUCAGAUUAAAACAAAACAUUUUAUUUGAUCCUAAUGGGUCUACUGAUGCGAAAA